GCCGCCUGGUCAUUGGCUGCGACGCAUUCCCGGGCCCCGUGUGUGGCGGAGGAGAGCGGAAGCGGCGUUGGUGUAUUGUCUGCGUGAGAAAGAGGAGGGGGCACCGGGGUUCAGGUCUUUGGACCGCGGCUGCCUUAUACAAAGUGGAUACGGCCUCCCAGAUGAAUCGCGGCACCUAUGACGCGCAUGCACAUAGCGGAUCAUUGUAACUACGAAACGAUCACCCGCAGGAGUAUAUGAACACGGUUGUUAUUUAAUGAUCUUACAUCAAUUUCUGUGCGUUGGAUGCUUCCCAGACAAUCUUAUCAGCACCGUGGCAGCACGCACCGGCCAGGCCGCAGCCCCGUGACGGCGUGAGCACAGCAACCUGGGGGCCCUGCACCGAGAGGCGCAGCGGGUGAGAGCGGAUAGGCCUGUACUCGGUGCUUGCACACGGGGGAGGAGCUCCGCCGCACAAUAGGUGCCGACUCUCUCUCUCAUUUCUGGGCUUUAUUUAUUAAUACACGUUUUCCUGCUAUCCCAUUAUAAGAGGCUGAGGAUGUCCAAGUCUCCAGGAGGAGGUGGUCUUGGAGGAGGAAGUGGAGGACUCACCUGGGUGACAUUGUUUGACAGCCAGAAUAACGCAGCAAAAAAAGAAGAAGCUGAAAGCCACAGCAAUAAUAAAAACGAGACUUCCAAAAAGAUGUCCGUGGAACGAGUUUACCAAAAGAAAACCCAACUGGAACAUAUCCUCCUCCGACCGGACACAUACAUUGGAUCUGUAGAGCCUGUAACACAGACAAUGUGGGUGUACGAUGAAGAUAUUGGAAUGAAUUGCAGAGAUAUUACCUUUGUGCCAGGAUUGUAUAAGAUAUUUGAUGAAAUUCUCGUCAAUGCAGCAGACAAUAAACAGAGGGAUAAAAAUAUGUCCUGCAUCAAAAUUUCAAUUGAUCCGGACUCCAAUAUAAUCAGCAUAUGGAACAAUGGCAAAGGAAUCCCAGUAGUGGAACACAAAGUUGAGAAAGUAUAUGUCCCAGCUUUAAUUUUUGGGCAGUUAUUAACAUCCAGCAACUAUGAUGACGAGGAGAAGAAAGUUACAGGUGGGCGAAACGGCUAUGGUGCUAAACUCUGCAAUAUUUUCAGCACAAAAUUUACAGUGGAGACUGCGUGUAAAGAAUAUAAACACAGUUUUAAACAGACAUGGACAAAUAACAUGCUAAAAAGCACUGAUGCUAAGAUCAAACAUUUUGAUGGAGAUGACUACACUUGCAUUACAUUCCAGCCAGAUUUGUCCAAGUUUAAAAUGGAAAAACUAGACAAGGACAUUGUGGCACUUGUAACACGACGAGCUUACGAUGUUGCAGGUUCGUGUAAGGGAGUUCGAGUCUUGUUCAAUGGAAAAAAACUUCCUGUGAAUGGCUUCCGCAGUUACGUAGAUCUUUACGUAAAGGACAAACUGGACGAAACUGGUGUGGCUCUGAAAGUAAUACAUGAAGUUGCGAAUGAACGAUGGGAUGUGUGCUUGACUUUGAGUGAGAAGGGCUUCCAGCAAAUCAGCUUUGUGAAUAGUAUAGCUACCACAAAGGGUGGUAGACAUGUAGAUUAUGUUGUAGACCAAAUUGUGUCUAAACUCAUUGAAGUCGUGAAGAAGAAAAAUAAAGCUGGAGUUUCUGUGAAGCCCUUCCAGGUGAAAAACCAUAUAUGGGUUUUUAUCAAUUGUUUGAUUGAAAACCCCACCUUUGAUUCACAGACAAAAGAGAACAUGACCCUUCAGCCGAAGAGUUUUGGUUCCAAAUGCCAGCUGUCUGAAAAAUUUUCCAAGGCGGCUUCAAACUGCGGCAUUGUAGAAAGUAUCUUGAAUUGGGUCAAAUUUAAGGCCCAGAUACAGCUAAACAAGAAAUGUUCUUCUGUUAAACAUAGUAAAAUUAAGGGCAUUCCCAAACUGGAUGAUGCAAACGAUGCUGGUGGAAAACAUUCCUUGGACUGCACAUUGAUUUUGACUGAGGGGGACUCUGCCAAAUCACUAGCGGUUUCUGGCUUAGGUGUCAUAGGAAGGGACCGUUAUGGUGUGUUUCCUCUAAGAGGAAAAAUCCUCAAUGUCCGAGAAGCUUCCCACAAACAGAUCAUGGAAAAUGUAGAAAUAAAUAACAUUAUAAAAAUUGUCGGUUUGCAAUACAAGAAAAGCUAUGAUGAUCAAGAAUCCUUGAAAACAUUACGCUAUGGAAAAAUUAUGAUCAUGACUGAUCAGGAUCAAGAUGGCUCUCACAUCAAAGGCUUGUUGAUUAAUUUUUUUCAUCACAAUUGGCCAUCUCUGCUGAAACACAGUUUUCUUGAGGAGUUCAUCACGCCUAUUGUCAAGGCAUCGAAAAAUAAGCAGGAGCUGGCAUUCUAUAGUAUUCCAGAAUUUGAUGAAUGGAAAAAACAAAUAGAAAACCAAAAACUAUGGAAGAUUAAGUAUUACAAAGGUUUGGGUACCAGCACUGCUAAAGAAGCAAAAGAAUACUUUGCUGAUAUGGACAGACAUAGAAUUAUAUUUAGAUAUGCUGGGCCUGAAGAUGAUGCAGCCAUCACUCUGGCUUUUAGCAAAAAGAAAAUUGAUGAUAGAAAAGAAUGGCUUACAAAUUUUAUGGAGGACAGAAGACAGCGUCGAUUACAUGGACUGCCUGAGCAAUUCUUAUACGGCACAGCCACAAAACACUUGACGUACAACGACUUCAUCAACAAGGAGCUUAUUCUUUUUUCAAACUCUGACAAUGAACGAUCCAUUCCCUCCCUUGUCGAUGGUUUUAAGCCUGGUCAAAGGAAAGUUUUAUUCACUUGUUUUAAGAGAAAUGAUAAACGUGAAGUAAAGGUUGCUCAGCUGGCAGGUUCUGUUGCUGAAAUGUCUGCUUAUCAUCACGGUGAGCAAGCUUUGAUGAUGACAAUUGUGAAUUUGGCCCAGAGUUUUGUGGGUAGCAACAAUGUUAGUUUGCUGCAGCCCAUUGGUCAGUUUGGUACCAGGCUACACGGUGGGAAGGAUGCUGCUAGCCCACGUUAUAUUUUCACAAUGUUAAGCCCUCUGGCCAGAUUGCUUUUCCCUGGUGUGGAUGAUAACCUACUGAAGUUCCUUUAUGAUGACAACCAGCGUGUGGAGCCUGAGUGGUAUAUGCCCAUUAUCCCUAUUGUCUUAGUCAAUGGUGCAGAAGGGAUUGGAACAGGCUGGGCUUGUAAGCUUCCUAAUUAUGACACUAGGGAAAUUGUAAACAAUGUGAAAAGAAUGCUGGAUGGACUGGAGCCUUAUCCAAUGCUUCCAAGCUACAAGAACUUUAAAGGUACUAUACAAGAACUGGGGCAGAACCAGUAUGCUAUGAGUGGUGAAAUCUUUGUUCUGGACAGAAAUACUGUAGAAAUCACAGAACUUCCAGUGAGAACGUGGACUCAGGUAUACAAAGAGCAGGUGCUGGAGCCCAUGCUGAACGGAACUGAAAAAACACCAGCAUUAAUCUCUGAUUACAAAGAGUAUCACACUGAUACCACUGUGAAAUUUGUUGUGAAAAUGACAGAAGAAAAGCUCGCACAGGCAGAAGCUGCUGGCUUGCACAAAGUGUUUAAACUUCAGACUAGUCUUACUUGUAAUUCAAUGGUAUUGUUUGAUCAUAUGGGCUGUCUAAAGAAAUAUGAGACUGUACAAGACAUCCUAAAGGAGUUUUUCGAUUUAAGAUUACAUUACUACAAUCUACGCAAAGAUUGGCUCAUAGGAAUGUUGGGCGCUGAAGCUGCCAGGCUCUCCAAUCAAGCUAGGUUUAUUCUAGAGAAGAUACAAGGAAAGGUCGCUAUAGAGAAUAAAAGCAAGAGGGAUUUAAUUCAGAUGUUGGUCCAAAAGGGAUACGAGUCUGACCCGGUAAAAGCCUGGAAGGAGGCCCAGGAAAAGGCAGCAGAAGAGGAUGAUGUCUUGGAACAGAAUGAUGACAGCAACUCAGACUCUGAUGCUGGAUCUGGGCCAGACUUUAACUAUAUUCUGAAUAUGUCUUUAUGGAGUCUUACCAAGGAAAAAGUAGAUGAUCUGAUUAAACAAAGAGAUAUAAAAGGUAAAGAACUCAAUGACCUCAAGAGAAAAUCUCCUUCCGACCUCUGGAAAGAAGACCUUGCAGCUUUUGUUGAAGAGCUUGAGAAAGUAGAAGCACAAGAAAGGGAAGAUGUGCUAGCUGGAUUUGCAGGCAAAGCAAUAAAAGGCAAAAUUGGUAAACCCAAAAUAAAGAAAAUGCAGCUUGAAGAGACCCUGCCCUCUCUUUAUGGCAGAAGAGUUGAGCCCCAGAUUAGUGCGAUGAAGGCUGAUGCCAGUAAAAAGAUGCUGAAAAAGAAAAAGGGUGACAUUGACUCCAUGGUACUGAAAUUGGAGUUUGAUGAGGAGUUUGGUUCCUUAACAGCAGAAGGGGGUGAAGAUUCUCAGAAUAUGACACCAGUGAAACCUGUAAAACCCAAGAGGGAGAAAAAAGAACCUGGUUCUCGAGCCAAAAAAACACCAUUAACCCCAAAAGCUACUCCAGGCAAGAAAGGAAAGAAGCGAAAUCCCUGGUCAGAGGAUGAAUCUAAAUCGGACAGCGACAUUGAAGAGGCUGAGGCAGAGCCUGUGGUUAUUCCUCGUGACUCCCUUCUGAGGAGAGCAGCAGCUGAAAGGCCCAAGUACACCUUUGAUUUUUCUGAAGAGGAAGAUGCAGAUGACGAUGAUGAAGGAAUUAUCAGUAACAAUAACCGUCUUAAUGAUGUGAAACCCCAAUCACCGCCUGUUACAAAUGACUGUGACGAUGAUGAAGAUGUUCACUCGGACAGCCCAGAAAAAGAUGAGUUUGAGUUCUCCUCUUUCUCAUCAAAGCCGUCAUUAGAGAAAUCGUUACAAGCAGAAAAGAAAAAGGACAUCGACAUAUUCUCUUCCUCUUCAUUUGCUGAGAAAAUAGGAAACGAAGCUGAAGAAACUACUAAAUAUGACAGUGAUGAAGAUAUGCCCUCACCUCUGUAUUCUUCUCCAUUCUCGUUCAAAUCAGUGGAAAAGCCAACUAGCAAAGGAUCUACUAAGAAAGUAAAAACACCUUCUGAUUCCGCCUCAAAACCCAAACGGCCUCCAAAGCCAAAGAAAUCGGACAUUUUUGUGAAUUCUGAUUCUGAUCCAGAAUUUUCCACAAUACCAGUAAAAACAACCACAGAUUCCACUUCAAAACCCAACCGGUCUACAAAGUCAAAGAAAUCGGAUAUUUUUGUGAAUUCUGAUUCUGAUCCAGAGUUUUCCACAAUACCAGUAAAAACAACCUCUGAUACCACAUCGAAACCCAAUCGGCCUCCAAAGUCAAAGAAAUCAGAUAUUUUUGUGAAUUCUGAUUCUGAUCCAGAGUUUUCCACAACACCAGUAAAAACAACCUCUGAUUACACUUCAAAACCCAACCGGCCUCCAAAGUCAAAGAAAUCAGAUAUUUUUGUGAAUUCUGAUUCUGAUCCAGAGUUUUCCACAACACCAGUAAAAACAACCUCUGAUUCCACUUCAAAACCCAACCGGCCUCCAAAGUCAAAGAAAUCGGAUAUUUUUGUGAAUUCUGAUUCUGAUCCAGAGUUUUCCACAACACCAGUAAAAACAACCUCUGAUUCCACUUCAAAACCCAACCGGCCUCCAAAGUCAAAGAAAUCGGAUAUUUUUGUGAAUUCUGAUUCUGAUCCAGAGUUUUCCACAAUACCAGUAAAAGCAACCUCUGAUUCCUUUUCAAAACCCAACCGGCCUCCAAAGCCAAAGAAAUCGGAUAUUUUUGUGAAUUCUGAUUCUGAUCCAGAGUUUUCCACAAUACCAGUAAAAACAACCUCUGAUACCACUUCAAAACCCAAACGGCCUCCAAAGCCAAAGAAAUCGGAUAUUUUUGUGAAUUCUGAUUCUGAUUCAGAAUUUGGUGCCCCAAAGAAGUCAAUAGCCCCCAAAGCAAAAGGAAGAGGGAGGAAAAGAAAAACAUCAGACUCUGAAAAUGAAGGUGAAUACAAUCCUGGAAAGAAACCAACAAAAUCUGCAUCAUCUACCAAGAGAUCCAAGAAACCUUCAUUUGAUCAAGAUUCAGAUGGUGACAUAUUCCCGUCAGAAUUAGGGUCUGAAAGUGCAUCGCGGCAGAGGCCUGGCCGGGCCAGGAAAGAAGUUAAAUAUUUUGCAGAGUCUGAUGAUGAGGAUGAUUUUGAUAUGUUUUAAUUAUGUGCCCGAAGAGCACACAAACAUUUUCCGACAAAGUAUCUUGUGUAGUCCUUUUGUCCCUCCUGUUGCAGACUUUUGUACAUUGUCUUAUUUUAUGUGAUGACGUAAUUUGAUGGUUUUUAUUAUUGUGUAGACAUUUUAACAUUUUGUUGUUACACAUACAGUUUUAUGCUCUUUUUUACUCAUUGAAAUGUCAUGUAUUUGUCCAGAUAUGGCUUGUAGAAAUGUUUUAGACCGCUGUGCUCAAGCACACAUUUUAAUUGUCCUGGAUGGGAAAAAAAAUAAUGCAAACCUGCUUUUUAAAAUGAAAUGAAACAUUAAAAAAAAACAGAAACAA